AUGUAAGAUUAAGAAAAAUAGGGAAUUGAUGAUGCUUUGUUAAUGGGUAAUUAGAAGAGAGGCAUAGAUUAUUAUUUAGAACAAUUAAAAUUAACAACCUUUCAAGUUCUUUUUGUUAUUCGUAAUAGUGAGGAUGAAGAAGAAGGAAUGUUUGGAUUCUAUUUUUUUAAUGCUUUAGAUUAUUUUCAAAUGCAUCAAUUUCCAUUUUAUGUUACUAUUUAUUAUUUAUGGAAAUAAGACACUUUUAUGGAAUUUAUUACUCAAGUAUAAAACUUAUUUCAAAUAAGCAAUUACAUUCCAAGUUUAACUUACGAAUCGCUUUUAAUGACUGUAUACAUUCUGCUAUUUUUUAUAUUGUUAAUCAUACUAGAUAUUAUAUAUGUAUCAUAUUCAUUUUCUCGUAAUCGAUUUUAUUGGCUCUGGCCAUUAUUAUUGUUAAAAAAAAUAACAUCUUUUGUUGUUACUGUUGGAUUUUUACCAAUAACGGAGACCUUAACUUCAAUUUUACAAUGUUAUGUAGAUCCAGAUACAGGAAAAUAUGUAAUAUAUGGCUACAAUAAUAUUUUUAUUGAAUGUUGGUAAGAUUGGCACACAUUUCAUGCCGUUUUAGAUUUAACAUUUAUUAUAAUAUUUUCUAUAAUUUGUAGUAUUGUUGCUUAUGCAUUUUUUGAGCCAGCUAUGAGUACUAAUGAUAGAUCAGCAAGAUAGGAUUCAAAUGGAGAAGUUGCUUUUAUUACUAAUAAAAUUACUUGCUAAUUAAUGUUUAGUUUACUUAGGCCUAAUUAUACUGAAUAAGCAUGGAUUAUGGUAAUAACUUCAUUUAUUUUAUCGCUUUGGUUAUUUAAAUAAUAUAAUUUUAAUGAUCCUUACUAUGAUUUUUAAGUUGGAUUAUUUUAUUGUAUAUGUAGUACCCUUUAUUUAUGGGCAUGUUUUAUGUUAUUAGUUUGCAAAGUCUUAGAAACAACAGAAUUUACAGGUGGAUUUAUUGCUUGGUUGAUAGGUGUUCCAUUUAUAAUUAGUAUAAUGUUAAUGACUAAGAAAUCUAAAAUUGAAACUCUUGUUAAAUCAUAAACAAAAUUUAGAAGUGGAGAACAAAUUUGGAGUCAUAUAAGAUAUGUAUUACAAUUAAUACAAAAUUAAGACAAAGAUAGAAAUUCUUAUAUGUUACUUGUUGGUUAUAUAGAAAAACACAAAGAAACUUGUAAUUAUGAUGAUUGUCCAUUAAAAACAAAAUUAAAAUAAAGAAAGAAAGGAGGUUAAAAUGAUAUUGAUGAAAUAAUUAGAGGACUAAUCUAAGAAUUAGACAGAAUGUUUGUGUAAGGUUUAAAAAAGUUUCCAAAUUCAACUUAUUUAAGAAUUUUUUAUGCUUUAUUCUUAAUAGAGAGAAGAAACAAUAAAUAGAAAGCUUUAGAAUAAUUUGAACUUGCUCAAUAUACAAAACCUGCUCUUUAUUAAGAAUUUAUUAUUUAUAGAUAUAAAAAAGAUAUAAGAAGUAAAGGAAUGAAUUCUUAAUAAGGAGAAGAUGAUGAUAUUGUUAAUGCAAUUGCAUUUAAAAAUUAUUUAUCUUUAUGUGAAGAGAAAAUGAAAUUCUCUGCAAAUUUACAUAAAGAAUUUUGGAUAGAAUUAAAAGAAGAUCAACCUGAUUUAGGAAGACUUAUGAAUAUUGGUGCAAGAAUUAGUAGAGUAACUAAUGAUGCAAGAGAAAAUUAUGAAAACAUGCAAAAAAUAAAUUAGAAUAUGCCAUAAACUAUGUAAGUUUUUGGAAAUUUUAUGAUUCAUGUUAUGAAUGAUUCUAAAGGAGGAAUUAAUGUAUUAAAUAAAGCAAGAUAAUUGAAAGAACAUUUAAGAAAAAAUUAGUAAGUACAUAAAGAUAUGAUAAAUUUUGAUACUGAUCAAAUCCCAUUCAUUUAUGUAAGCGCAAAAAAAUCAGACACUGGUAAUAUACUGUAAAUUAAUUCAUUAUUUACAGCAUAUUUUGGAUAUACUAAAGAAGAAGUUGUUGGAAAAAAAAUUAAUACUUUAAUGCCUUAAAAAUAUGCAGAAAAUCAUGAUAAAUACAUGAGCAACUUUUUUGAUAAUUUUGUACUCAAUUUAAGAUAAGAAGUUGGAAUAGAAAGUGAAUAUCUAGAUAUUGAUUAAAAUAGAUUAUUUAAACAUAAAAAUGGAUAUCUAUUUCCAUUAACAUAUUAGGUUACAUUACAUUUAGAUUCUCUUGUAUAUAUUACAACUUUUAAAUCAGAAGCAACAUUAAGAACAUAGAUAUAUUUUGUAAUUGAUAAAUUUACUUAGAUUAUGGAAAUGUCUUCAAGUGCAAUAACUUUUUUUGAAUUAGAAAUAAAAAAUUUAGGAGAUAGAAUAAAACUAAAUGAUUAUAUUUCAGAUGUAUUAACUAAAAAUGGAAAAGAUGUUUUUUCUAAAAUUCCAAAAAAAGAAGGAUUUUAUUAUUUUAAUUGUUAAGUUAAAGAAAUUGUUUUACCUUUUCAUAAUCCAAAUGAUAGUGAUGAAGAAUAGAAAAAGAGUGAACGCACAGGAUGUUACAUAAUUAAACUUGAUAAGAUUGAAAAAAAUGAAGCAAAUCUUAAAUAUAUGAUAAAAAAAGGAGCAUAGAAUACAGGUAGUGUUAGUAAUCCCGAUUCAGAAUUAAUAUUAAAAGCAACUUCUUAGUAAAAAAUAUCUAAUUUGGCAAAUAUGAGUUAAGACAGUUAAAUUCCUUUAAGAAAUUAAGAUUGUUAAGAUGUAGAUCUUAAUUUAUUCAGUUACAUGUAAGAAUUAUAUGAAAAUCCACAAGUAGAUGAAAUAAGGGAUCUAUUUAAAUAAUGCAAUGCAGAAACUGAAAGUGUUCCAUCAAUUGAUUUAGCAGGAAGUAUUGUUACAAAAAGAUAUAUCAAUGGUUAAAUUGUUAGUAUUAAUGAAGAAUAGGAAUAAUUAUUUUUACAAAUUCUAGAAGAAGAAGAAGAGGAGAAUUCUUUAUUUAGAAAUUAGGGGAAUAAUUUUGAAGAUGAAGAUGAUUAUAAACUAUUUACUUAUAGUAAUUCUGCUAAUUUAAUUUAAAUAGCUUUAAGAACACAUCAUAAACAUCCAUAAAUUACUACUUUUAAAAUUUAUUCUUCAUUAUGGAUUGUAUUUAUAUUAGCUAUGACCAGUUUAUAAUAAUACUUUUGUUCUUAAUAAUUCAAUAAUUAUAGAGUCGAUGUUGAAAUACUAUAAUUAAUUAAUAACUAAUUAAUUGAGAUUAAUAGAUUAACUUCUAGAGUUUUAGAUUUAGCUGUUUAUUCAGCUAAUCUCUAUACAUACAAUACUACAGAAAUUGCAAAUGAUAUUUCUAUAUCAGCUUCUUCUGUUAUUGAUUUCAAUUCUGCUAUGAAUUCAAUAGAUUAUUUAAAUUUCUAAACAAAAUUUGAAGAUGAAAUUAAAUUUAGAUUUUAUAAAGAUAAUAAUUCUUAUGAUAAUUAAUUAAGAUUAGAAACAGCUUUAGUUGUAUUUUGUUCAUUAGCAUUGAAUUCUUCAAUAACUAAUUACUAAUCUAUUACUUUUGAUAAUAUAUAUUAUUAAGGAAUAGUUUAUAAUUAUUUUGAUGUACUCUACUAAUAAUUAUGUGAUAUUUCAAGUUAAACUUAUGAAAAUAUCAAAGAUUAAAUGGAUAAUCCAUAAGUAAAUUUAUUGAUUUUAUUGUCUGCUUCAAUUUUUGUUUCUGUUAUGGCUAUGAUUAAAUUUAUUUUUCUUAUGUUUGCAAUUAAAACUUAAAGAGAAAAUAUUCUAUUUCUAUUUUUAGAUAUUCCAACCUAUCAUUUAGAUGUUCUUUAUAAGAAAUGUGAUAGAUUUCUUAAAAACUAUGUAAGUAUAGAGGAACUUUAAAAUAAAUAAGAAUAGCAAGGUUUUGAAAGUUCAGAAGAUGAGAAAGAGCCUUUAGAAGAGAAAAUAGAAGUCCUUAAAACUCCAGAUGAAGAUGAAUCUGAUAUACUUUUAAGGUAAACUUAAAAUAGAAAGAAGAUUAUUAAGAAGUAUAGACAAAAUAGGAUUAAGGGAAAUUAAGGGAUAAUUAUAUAGUAUUUUAUGUUUAUAUUCUAGAUUUUUUGUUAUAUCAGUUUUUACUUUAGUAUUUACUGUUUAUAAUAUACUUGGAAGCUAAUCGUAAUAGUCAUAAAUAAACUUUCUUUUGCCUCAAUAUUAUUAAAGUUUAUAUACUAUCAAUAAUUAUGGAUAUUAUGUAAAUAUAUAGAAGUUGAUGAUGCUCGAUUAUAAUACGAAAAUCAGAGGUAUUUUUGUAUCUGAAUAUGCAAUAAAUAAUCUCACUAUCUUUACAGGAAAUGCUGAAAAAAUGAGCUCAGUAAUUAAAAUAAUAAAAUUAAUUAGUUUAAUUUUGAUAUUUUAUCUUAAUUAUAAACAUUCAGAGACAAAUACAUCAAUAUCUAUUAUGGCAAUCUUUGCUAAUAAAUUAUGAAAACUUCUGAAAUUGAUCAAUGUUAACAAAUUAUCAAUUCUAAUUUGUAAUUAGUAAUUUUAUUUAUUAUUAUCUAAUUUAGGGAAUUUAUAAUGCUGAAUCUUAUUUUUUAGAGUAUUUUAGAAUUAAUAUUCAAAAUUUUUAUAAGAAUAUCACUUAGUAUUCUCAAUUAUUAAAUGCAACUUAAUUUUUUGAGAUUGAUAGAGCUUUAUAUAACUAUAUUUAUGAUGCAAUAACAAAUAUAAUCACUUAUGAGAGAGAUCUUAUUUCAAGUGGCAUGGAUAACAUAUAAAACAUUUAAUUAAUAUUAUUAAUAAUCUUUAUAGUACUUCUAGUAUCUAUUUUUUUAUUUGUUUGGAUUCCAUUUUUAAAUGGAUUGAAUACAUAAAUCAAUUAGACAAUCGAAAUGUUAAAUAUGAUUCCAUUAGAAGUAGUUAAAGAAAAUAAGAGUAUACGUAGAUUUGUAAAGUCUUUAAUAAAAUCAAUGAAUAAAUGA